AUGUCUGUCGAAGAGAAGCGUCCCUCCGGACCCGGCUCGCACCAGUCUCUGGACGACGAGAAAUACGCCCCCGGUGACGUCGCGGUGGAUGUCGUUGCCAAGGAGGUCCAAGCAGUCGCGGCUGAUAUCGAGGAUGCGAUGCAGCACGCGAAGGGCAUGUCGCACGAAGAGGUGGACGACGCCCUGCGGCACAUCCAUGAGACCUUCGGGAAAGACCCCAACUUCCCGACGCACACCAUUCACCUCAUCGAGAAGUACUUCGACGGUGAAGCUGCUGCCACGGACCCCGUGGAGCACGCCAAACUGUAUGAGGAGCUCAAGGUCGAAGCCGCUCUCGUGAUCAUCAAUUCACCCUACGCCGAGGUCCGCGCCGUGGUCUCCGCAGAGGACGAUCCGGAGAUGCCGUCCUUCACCAUCCGCGCCUUUAUCAUCGGCAUGGUAUACGUCUGCAUCGGAGCGUUCAUCAACCAGUUCUUUGAGAUCCGGCAACCGAGCAUCAGCGUAGACUCUAACGUCGCGCAGCUGCUUGCGUACCCCGCUGGAAAGUUCCUGGAGAAGGUUCUCCCCGACUGGGGCUUCGUCGUUCCCUUUAUCGGCGAGCGGCUUUCUCUGAACCCGGGACCGUUCAACAUGAAGGAGCACAUGGUGAUCACGAUCAUGGCUAACGUCGGUUUCAAGAAUCCGUACACGACAUACAUUAUUUGGGUCCAGUUCGUCCCGCGCUUCUUCAACCAGCACUGGGCGGUGAACUUCGGGUACCAGGCUCUUACCGCGCUCUCCACAAACUUCAUCGGGUAUGGUAUCGCCGGAUUGACGCGCCGUUUCCUCGUGUAUCCCGUGUACGCUAUCUGGCCCAAGAACCUCGCCAUCAUCGCGUUGAACAAAGCGUUCCAUACGGAGGUGAACACGGUAGCGAACGGCUGGAGGAUCUCGCGCAUGCGCUUCUUCCUCUACGUCUUCGCUGGCAUGUUCACGUACUUCUGGUUCCCGAACUACAUUAUGGCCUUCCUAUCUUACUUCAACUGGAUGACGUGGAUCGCGCCGAACAACGUCCUCCUUGGGGCGGUCACUGGCAGCGUCGGUGGACUUGGGCUGAACCCGAUCCCGACGUUCGACUACAACCAGCUUACGGCCAUCGGGAAUACUCCGCUUAUCAGCCCCUACUUCACCACGGUCAACCUCUUCCUCGGAGCACUCGUAACAAUGCCGAUCAUCCUCGCCAUCUGGGUGUCAAACGUCUGGUUCACUGGGCACCUCCCGAUCAACUCCAACGGCGUCUUCGACAACACCGGGGCCAGGUACAACGUCUCCCUGGCCGUCAAUGACGAGGCACUCUUCGAUGCCGCGAAGUAUGAGUCGUACUCCCCGGCCUACCUCGCCGCGGGAACAUCCUCCUCUAUGGCUUCUUCUGUACUCGCUAUCUACUCAGCCACUCUCUCUCACGCGUACUUGUACCACCGCGACGCGAUUAUCACCGGCUUCAAGGACCUAAUCAAGAGGAAGAAGUUCGACAAGGACGCCAAGUACGACGUGCACGGCCGCCGCAUGUCCUCGUACAAGGAGGUUCCUGAAUGGCACUACGCGAUCCCUGCUGUCGUCCUCUACGGUAUCUUCCUGGCACUGAUCUUCAUGAUCCCCGCCGGCAUCAUCCUCGCCGUCACCAAUGUCGAGGUCACGCUCAACGUCAUCGCCGAAUUCAUCGGCGGUCUCUGGUUCCCCGGCAACGCGACGGCCCUGAACUUCUUCAAGUCGUACGGCUACGUAACGACCUCGCACGCGCUCGCAUUCUCGUCCGACCUCAAGCUCGCGCACUACACCCACAUCCCUCCGCGCAUCACGUUUUGGUGCCAGAUGGUCGCGACCGUCGCCUCCACCUUCGUCUCGCUCGGGAUCCUCAACUUCCAGAUGACCGGCAUCGAGAACAACACGUUCUUCACCGCGUCCGUGCUCUGGGGCACGCUCGGGCCUGCGCGCAUGUUCGGGACCGGCCAGAUCUACAACCCGCUGAUCUGGUGCUUCCUCAUCGGCUUCAUCCUCCCCUUCCCGGUGUACUUCCUCAAGGAGCGCAUCCCGAUGCUGCGCUACAUCCACCUUCCCGUGUUCUUCGCGGGGCCCUCACCUGUCUCCAGGGCUCCCUACAACCUGUCGAACGUCUGGCCCGCCGUGCCGCUCGCGUGGUUCUUCAUGGUCUUCCUCAAGACCCGCGCGCUCGCGUGGUGGUCCAAGUACAACUACGUCAUGGCCUCCGCCCUCGCCUGCGCGAUCGCCAUCUCGGGCAUCGUCCAGUUCUUUGCCCUCCAGUUCUCGAACAUCUCGAUCGACUGGGUGCCGAACAACAUCCCCUUCGAGGGCUGCGACUCGAACGGGUGCCCGUUCUUCGACAUCCCCGAGAAGGGCUUCUUCGGUCCUGGCGUCGGCGAGUUCUCUUGA